AUGCCGGGAUCUCGGAUAAAUGGAAAUUUUAUUGAUAAGACCUUUUCAAUUGUAGCCAAUAUCUUAUUACGAAUAAUUCCGACAACUUCAGGAGAAAAAAAGGCAUUUACUUAUUACAGAGAUGGUUACACCUAUGGGUUCUCUAUUGCAAGUCAACCCUCCUCCAAUAGUACCAAUAGACGGCACAGGGGAAGAAGCACUACGCCUAGGAAUCAACAACACGAAACCUUGUUAUUGUAUAAAAUAUACCUUAUAUUCUUUUUCCUUAUCGGGAUCGGGAUUAACAAAAAUGGUUGGGACAACAAAGAUCCAUCUCGUUCGUACUUUGGAUACCCGUAGAACCAUCGAAGACUGUUGAAGUUACUAAUUCCUUAA